AUGGUCCUUAGAGAUCAUUCAUGUGCUGUUCAUUCUCUAAUCUCACUCCACCUUGCUUUUCUUGCAGCUCCAGUGCCUCAUGUUGAAGCAGAAAGGAAAGUCACCUUGGAGAAGGUGCUGGCGAUCUUCUGUGUUCUCCUACUGGCCGCCCUCAUAUCCCUUUCUGUUUAUUAUUUCAUAACAUUAAAUCACAAGGAGCAAGACUUGGAAGAGUUAAGAAAUGCAAAUGAGAAACUUGAUGAAGAGUCCAAAGAGUUCAGUAAUGUGAAGGACUUCUACUGUGAUGUUACAAACACAACUCACGAAAACACUUGCCCUGUAUGUAAACCGGGCUGGGUCCCCUUCAGGUCCAAGUGUUACUUCUUCUCAAGUUAUGCACUGACCUGGAACAAGAGCCGUGAUAAAUGCAUAAGAAGGGGUGGACGACUAGUGAAUAUCGAAAGUUUAGAGGAGCAGAAAUUUUUAUCAAAUCUAUAUGAGGUCAUCGAAAGUGAAGUGAUGUUUUAUUGGAUUGGCGGAUAUGACAUCAGUAAAGAGAAAACAAAUACCAGGAUGGACGUUGGAUGUGUAAACACCCAGAGAGGUCUAGUGAUACAGCAGAGAGAGAACAUCGUGACGAGAGCUCCCUGUGCUGUUCCUUUUAGCUGGAUCUGUGAGUCCCCUGCAUUUCUACUUCGUACUUAAACUGCUAUCAAGAGUUCCUGCCACCUGUCAGAGUUGCUGUCUUCAGGAAUCGUAAGGAUCACUUCAUCAGUAAAUCACAGAGCUGCUAGUCUGAGGAGAGUCCAGAAGGUCACCUCACUUUGCUAUGCAGGUGACAGAGGUAGUGAGUGACAAUAUACUCGACAUACAGGACUGUCAGGAAAUGAAGCUGCCAUCUUAUUGUAAUCUCAGUGAUGAUCUGUGGAUUCUUCCCAUUUCUGACUGAAUAGACCCCGGACCCUGAACUGCACAUGGUGGUUAUAGAUAGCAGAUGAAACGAUAAAGCUUCAUUUACAUAUGAGAAGAAAAUGCACAGUUCCUGAUUAAAAAAAAAAAAGAAAACAAUUUUAUAUUUGUUUAAUAAGCAACACAUGCAAGUUCUUUCAGCAUUUAGGGAAAUGAGGAUUCAUUACCAACCUGUGUUUUGUUUUAAGUGAUGUGAAAAAUUAUUUACCCCCUUCCUAGUAUUUUCUGUUUUUGCAUAUUUUACACAACUCAUGGCCUUCGACCUUCACAAAAAUACAAUAUUAGAAAAAGGAAACCCAAGGUAUAAAGUUCUUAUUAUUGAAUGCUGUGUUACUUUAUAGUAGACCUAGUUGGACCUGCGCCAUCCACAAAGUUCUUGUCUGUCGUUAUUACAAGAUACGUGAAGAUGAUCCAGGUCACUCUGUGCAAUUGUGAGAUGAGCACCAAAGCUGGUCUUGGAUAGUAAAGUUUGUCUUUCUGCUUUCCCAUGAGUCCUGCUUUAACUCUUCACCAUUCAUAA